CGGCCACCUAAAGCGUCGUAUCCAAGGAGGGGUCCUCGCCCCCCACCCCUUAGCGACCGCAUACAAACAAGAUGGCGGACGCGGAGAAUGCAGAGAGCGAAGCCAUGCCUGAAAGUCACGGUGUGGCAAAGCCUUCUGGACAGAUCAUGUCAGCCCCUCGUGCCAGGGCUAAGAAGGCGCCUGAGAUGCCCAUCUUCGAGCGGCGCAACUGGCUCAUCCACCAGCACUACGUCCGCAAGGAUUUCGACACCUGCAAGGUUAUUAUUAAAGAACAGCUACAAGAGUCCCAAGGCAUGUGUGAAUAUGCUGUGUACGUUCAAGCCCUGAUAUUUCGCCUGGAGGGGAAAAUCCAGGAGUCACUGGAGCUGUUUCAAACGUGCGCCAUCCUCAACCCACAGAAUGCAGAGAACCUCAAACAAGUGGCUCGCUCACUGUUCCUGCUGGGAAAGCACAAGGCAGCUAUUGAAGUCUACAAUGAAGCAGCCAAAAUGAAUGAGAGGGACUGGGAAAUCAGCCACAACCAAGGGGUGUGUUACAUGUACCUAAAAGACUAUGAGAAGGCGAAGGAGUGCCUGAACAGCGCGUUACAGUGCAGUCGCCACGACCUGACGUCUGGCGUGCUAGGACGCGUGCACCUGCUGGAGGGCGACGCGGAGCGCGCCAUCGAAGUCUACCGCCGCGCCAUCGAGCAUUCUCCAGAAAACACUGAGCUGUUGACAACUCUCGGAUUGCUAUACCUGCAGAUGGGGUCAUACCAGAGGGCUUUUGAACAUCUUGGAAAUGCAUUGACAUAUGAUCCUACAAACUACAAGGCCAUCCUGGCAGCGGGCAGCAUGAUGCAAACACAUGGCGACUUCGACGUGGCCCUCACCAAGUACCGCGUGGCGGCGCACUCCGCUCCCGAGUCCCCGCCGCUCUGGAACAACAUCGCCAUGUGCUUCUUCGGCAAGAAGAAAUACGUGGCUGCCAUCAGCUGUCUGAAGCGGGCACACUACCUGGCACCGUUUGAUGGCAAGGUGCUGUACAACCUGGGCCUCGUGCACCUGACCAUGCAGCAGCACGCUUCUGCCUUCCACUUCUUGAGCGCCGCUAUAAGCCUCAUGCCACGCAUGGGCGAGCUCUACAUGCUGCUGGCAGUGGCUCUCAACAACUUGGGCGACCCAGAGAAUGGGCGGCGAGCAUACGAGCAGUCCGUCGCGCUCGAUGAAGUGAAUCCACUGGCGAGCCUCAACUUCGCAGUGUUCCUCUACAACCAGGGGGACAAGAAGGCAGCGCUGGCACAGUUCCAUGAACUCGAGGCCAAGGUGGCCAAGCAGAGGGAGGAGAAUGCCAACGUCGAGUUCGAUCCGGAGAUGCUGGACACAGCCCACAAGCUGGGAGGUGCGCUGCAAGUUGCUGAGAGCCCCAUCUGGGCCAAACCGGCCAAGGAUGCCAGGCUUAAGGCACGCGCACCGGCUGCGGCCAAGCCCACUGCCCCCCAGCAGCCCCUGGGCACCAACCAGGUGCUGGGGCAGGCCAUGUCCUCAGCUGCUGCAUACAGCAAAUCUCUCAUCAGUGGUGGAGGCUCCAUGCAGACCAAGGCACAUGCGAUGCCUCUGGAACCUGACCCAUCAGCUGUGGGAGCUCAAGAGGAAAGAGGAAGCUCUCCUUCUUCAGAGUGCCCACGGGAGUGAGCGACACACAUGGGAACAGUUGCCAUUCCACCUCCACUUGCUGUCACCCGACGUCCCACCAGUCCUCUACCCAAGCCAUGCACAUUCCCCGUUAGAUGUUCCUAUUUUGAUCUUUUUAUCAUUAUGUACUGUAUUAAAAAAACAAUGCCUCGCUGACAAAGGUGUCCACUAAGCAAGUACUAUUUAUAUAUUAAAUAAUAUUUUUGUAGUGUUGUGUGACUUUGCAUUUCCAGGUGCAAAUUAUAUAUUUAUAUACAGUCUUCUGACACUAGCUUAAUGACUUAAGUUUCCUUAGUUGAAUGUAAGUGUUUUUAUAUCAGUGCAGUUUGUCUAAUUCAUUUUCGUAUAAUGUGUGUUCAGUGUUGCUUUGAAUAUUCAUUUAAACAGCCUUGAAACUGAGAUCAGUACAUGUUUUGGAGCAAUACAAAAGGCUAGCUCAAUACGUGUAGUGACAGGGUGCCGCCAUCUGUUGACCAUGAGGGAUAACUACGGGUUUGGGUGCGCUAUAUAACAGCCAACCAUAAGGGGGGUGUAACUGGGCCAAGGAUGAGAGGCGGGGAUCAGUCGGGAAGCUCCUGGAACCUGCAUGAGAGUUGUAGAGGGGGGGGGCGUGACCAGAGGCAGGGCUUGGCCACGCUGAGGAGGAUAUAGGAGGGCGGUAACCGGAGGUUCGGGGCUGUCGGGGUUCGGGUCCUGGCUGCUGUCGCUGUCAUCUCUUCAUCGUCGUCCGGCCGUAUCGCCGAUCCGCUGUACAGUCUCCGUCAUCGCUGUAUAGUCAGCCAGCUACAGUGAGGGAAAAAAGUAUUUGAUCCCCUGCUGAUUUUGUACGUUUGCCCACUGACAAAGAAAUGAUCAGUCUAUAAUUUUAAUGGUAGGUUUAUUUGAACAGUGAGAGA